AUGUCACUUGCACACGCAGCUGCAGAGUACAUGCUAUCAGACGCCCUGCUGCCCGACCGCAGGGGCCCCCGCCUCAAGGGACUGCGCCUGGAACUCCCCCUGGAUCGCAUAGUCAAAUUCGUAGCCGUGGGCUUCCCCUUGUUGCUGAUGUCCCUGGCCUUUGCCCAGGAGUUCUCCUCCGGGUCUCCCAUCAGCUGCUUCUCGCCCAGUAACUUCAGCGCUCGGCAGGCCGCCUAUGUGGACAGUUCCUGUUGGGACUCGCUGGUUCACCACCAACAGGAGGAGCCUGGUCGGUACCAGCUGAAAUCCCUCUGGCCUCACAAGGCCCUCCCCUACUCCCUGCUGGCCCUGGCCGUGGCCAUGUACCUGCCAGUUCUGCUGUGGCAGUACGCAGCCGCGCCGGCCCUCAGCUCGGACCUGCUGUUCAUCAUCAGCGAACUGGACAAAUCCUAUAACCGCUCCAUCCGCCUGGUGCAGCACAUGGUGAAGAUCCGGCACAAGAGCUCGGACCCCCACGUUUUCUGGGACGAGCUGGACAAGGCCCGCACAGAACGAUACUUUGAGUUCCCCUUGCUGGAGCGGUACCUGGCGUGUAAGCAGCGCUCACACUCACUAGUGGCUACCUACCUCCUGAGGAACUCCCUCUGGCUCCUCUUCACCUCAGCCACCUACCUGUACCUGGGCCACUUCCACCUGGAUAUCUUCUUCCAAAAGGAGUUCAGUUGUUCUGUCAAGACAGAGCUGCUAAGCAAUGAGACCGACAUCCCCGACCUCAUCACCUGCCGACUGACCUCCCUGUCUGUUUUCCAGAUUGUUAGUCUCUCCAUUAUAGCAACAUACACCCUCCUGGUGCCUGUGAUCAUCUACAACCUCACUCGGCUAUGUCGGUGGGACAAACGACUCCUGUCUAUCUACGAGAUGCUCCCAGCAUUUGACCUCCUCAGCAGGAAGAUGCUGGGGUGCCCCAUCAAUGACCUCAACGUGAUCCUUCUUUUCCUCCGAGCCAACAUCUCUGAGCUCAUCUCUUUUAGCUGGUUGAGUGUCUUAUGUGUGUUGAAGGACACGACCAUCCAGAAGCACAACAUUGACACGGUGGUCGAUUUCAUGACUUUAUUAGCUGGCUUAGAACCCUCAAAACCUAAACACCUCACUCGCCAGGUGAGUGAUGAAAACCCAUAGUGAAGAAACCGCAGAGCAAGAAAUUUUACGGGUAAAAGUCUUUCUCCUUCCUCACAAGCCUCACACACUAUCAUAAAAAAAUAUAUCUCCUCUAGAAUUGCUAAGCUCGGAUUCCGCUGAAUUAUAUAUCCUGUAGCGUGUGAGAAGAUAUAAUCAACACAUGGAAACAAAUCUGAAAAUUAGAGCUGAAAAGUCAGAGAACUAAAAAAUUAGAUCUAGAGCAUAAUAUAAGGGGGGGGAAAGCUACAACUAAAAUUAAAGUGUAGACAUUCUAUAAGGAAAGAAGGUUCUAGAGCAGUGGUUCUCAACCUUCUGGCCCUUUAAAUACAGUUCCUCAUGUUGUGACCCAAC